AUGUUUCACAACAUGGAAGACGAUGAUACGGGCAGUGUGGGAAGACUGUUGCCAAACCUUGAGGCCAAAUUGGUUGAUGGUGCAGGAAACAAUAUCAGCGCCUACGAUACUCCAGGCGAAAUUUGCUUGAGGGGUCCCACAAUGAUCAAAGGUUAUUAUAAUAACGACGCGGCGAACCGAGAGUCUUAUGAUUCGGAUGGCUUCUACCAUACCGGUGAUAUUGGUCUUUGCGAUGGCAAAACCAAGAAAUGGUACAUUGUCGACAGGAAAAAGGAGCUUAUUAAGGUUCGAGGCUUUCAAGUCGCCCCACCAGAGCUGGAGGGAAUCCUACUGGAACAUCCCCACAUCGUUGAUGCAGCGGUUAUCGGAGUUGUUGCCGAAACACAUGGGUCCGAGCUUCCCAGGGCGUAUGUUGUCAGGAGACCUGGAUCAAACCUUGAGGAGCAGGAGGUCAAGGAAUACAUGAAGACAAAAGUGGCAUCAUAUAAACAACUUGAAGGUGGAGUUGUAUUUUUGGAUGCAAUCCCGAAAAACGCAAGUGGUAUGGAUUUGAGUUAUUCAAUACUAGCCAUCUAUGAAAUCCUUGCACUUCACGAUUCCCCGGGUCCUGGGUUACUCGCACCUCGUUAUGUCUUAAGGGAAAGACACUACAGCACUCAACUGCGAGGCUUGAUGCAAGGGCCUCACUUGUCCAUUCUACCUGCGUUAAAGUGUCACUGCAAUGCCCUUCGCUUGAAGGAAAAUCGCAUCAUGGCAUACCAGCAUAUUCUGAGGCUCAGUAACUCCUAUGAUGUGAACGGAUUUUUAUCAUGA